AUGUCUCUGCGACAAAAUAAACGACGUCCUGUAGACAUUGACUUCACGCUGCGACGCGUCUUUGGGAAAAAGGCAUUUAGGCCUCUGCAGCGGGAAGUCAUUGAGGCUGCCAUCGCGGGUCAUGAUGUGUUCCUUCAGGCUGCUACGUCUUUCGGGAAGAGCUUAUGUUUUCAGUUACCGGCAAUCGUUGGCCAUGGAGUCACGGUUGUUGUUUCGCCCCUUCUCGCGUUGAUGGUGGAUCAAGUUGCUGCCCUGGAGGCUAAUGGUAUACCAGUUGCAACGAUCAAUUCUACAACCCCCCUCACUAAACGGCGGGAGAUUGUGAAAGAUCUUCUUUCAGGACAUCCCAUUACCCGACUUCUAUACGUAACCCCAGAAUACUGUCAGACUGAUGCCUUUCGACGGAAUCUUCAAACAGUCCAUCUACAAGGCGAGCUUGCUCGGAUCGCAAUUGAUGAGGCGCACUGUGUCAGUGAAUGGGGACAUGAUUUCCGCCCAGCCUACAAGGAGUUAUCAUGGUUUAGGCGAGAAUUACGUAGGCCAUUUGUUCCAAUCACCGCCCUUACAGCGACUGCGACGGCCCGUGUGCGAUCAGAUAUCAUAUCACUGCUAGGAUUAGAUCCUAUGACUCUAAAGAAAUUUAGCACAGGAUCAGCACGGCCUAAUAUUCAUUAUGAAGUCCGCUAUCUUCAAGAUUGCUCGAUGGACCCCACAAUCCCGGACACAGAUCAAUUAAAUGAUCUUCUCUGCUGGCUGAGUUCGAUUCACAGUCGACGCAUUGCGCGGUUUUCAUCCCCUUCUGCAAAUGUAAGCUCCGACGAAGAGCUUACAUCAGCCACAACGCCGCCUCUCCCGCCAAUGACGGGAAUUAUAUACGUCCCCCUAAGGGCUAUCUGCAGCGAACUUGCCAACAGCCUAUCUGCUUCACCCCUCAACAUUAAAGCAGUCGCCUACCACGCUGGACUGUCAGCCUCCGAGCGGUCUAGAAUUCAAUCACUAUGGAGCUCGCCAAGUAAAAUAUCUACAUCAACCAAGGACAAAUCAGGAGAGAAUUCCAAGCCGCCAUCAUUUUACAUCGUUGUCGCCACCAACGCUUUCGGGAUGGGGAUCGAUAACCCUCACGUCCGUUUCGUCAUACAUUGGACCCCACCCCGCAGUUUUGAAGGAUUUGUCCAAGAAUCCGGCCGGGCAGGGCGUGAUGGCCGGGCAGCCGUGUCUCUCAUAUACUACAGCCCCCAGGAACGUGAUCGCGUAUUGGAUCGUAUCAACCGAGAUCAAGAAUGGCACUUCGAUGCUGCGCUGCAGGGAAACAACAAUCCAGCAAGUAAAAAGCGCAGCCACUCGGCAUCAAACAUCGCAGCCAAGGUACGCAAUCAGCAAGCACUCUUCGAGAGUUUUAAAAGAGUGGUCAAGUACUGCGAGACAACCACGCGGUGCAGACAUGAAGUGAUUCGCGAAUUUUUCGACGAGCGCGACCCACAAGCCGAUUCAGGGAUCGGGCAACCGACGCAGGUUUAUACUAACACAUCCAUCACGUCAACGUGUGAUUUUGCUUGUGAUUUCUGCAAGGAAGGUCGUGAAGUGUUGACGCGCCGGAAAAAACUGAGCAGUGCGUCUGAAACUUCACUGGAAGAUUAUGAGAAUUUCCCGCCAGCGCCUAUACCGAUGGAUGAUUUCAUGGGAUUUCGUACGGCUAGUCUGAUAGAUAGAAACGGUAAUAGGUGA